AUGUCAAGGGAAUUCGGCUUGGGAUUGCUGUUGCUGCCUUGUCCGACCCUGGCACUGCUAAGUCUAGUGUGGGUGGAUACAUCUAAUUCUGGUCUGGCUGCGCUGAUGGAUGACACACCAAAGGGUGACUGGCCCCUUGAAAUCGGAGUGCUGCUCUUCUUGGUUCAACAAGCAAAUCAGCCUACUGUCAGAGAAGGACUGGAGUUCAGGCACAUUCCUAAGUUGUUUUGGGGUGAUAAACUAAACACCACAAAAACCAAACUGAACGUGAGUCAUCAAAUACCCGAAACUAGGCUGGCUAUCAGUCCUCAGACCACCAUUGCCAACAUCAGCACACAAAAGGAAGCUGCCCAGUCGCCUCAGGAAGUGCCUGACGUUAAAACCACCAUGGCAGUCACUGUGGAGGGAGAACACGGAGACAAUAUCACCCCUGGGCCUUAUGCUUAUAUCAUCAAUGAGCCCGAAAAAUGUUCACAGAGCAGACAGGCACCAUUUCUGGUGUUGCUGAUAACCACAGAGGCUCGGCAAGAGGAAGCCAGAAACGCCAUUCGACAGACAUGGGGAAAUGAAAGUUUGGCUCCAGGUUUCAUUCGGCUGUUUCUGCUUGGAAAAAAUGGUGGAGUUUUGCAGCAGAAGAUGCUUGAAGCAGAGAGUAACAGGCAUCAUGAUAUCAUCCAGCAGGACUUCAGCGAUACCUACAACAACCUGACCAUUAAGAUAUUGAUGGGAUUGAACUGGGUGGCGUUACACUGCCCACAAGUCAGCUAUGUUAUGAAGACAGACAGCGACAUGUUCGUCAACACUGAGUACCUCAUUCACAGUGUACUCCGACCAAAAAUAAAGCCCAAGACAGAUUACUUCACAGGUCAUAUUUUGGAAAACCAAACACCAUUCCGAGACAGAAACAAUAAAUGGUACAUGCCCCCUGAGCUGUACCCUGGUAACAGGUAUCCCACCUUCUGCUCUGGGACUGGUUAUGUCUUCUCAGGAGACUUGGCAACAAAACUCUACCAAGCAUCACUGAAUAUUCCUCACAUUCAUCUGGAAGAUGUGUAUGUGGGAUUAUGUCUGGCCAAGCUUGGUGUAAAGCCCACUCCUCCACCCAGUCCAGUCCUAUUCCACAACUGGCGGGUGUCUUAUUCCAGCUGCAGGUACAGCCAUCUCGUAACAUCACAUGGCUUUCGUCCUGAUGAAAUACUCAAAUACUGGCGUCUCUUGCAAAGCACUAAACACAAUGCAUGCUUUGACAAGAUGAGAUCAAGAGCAGUUUCAUUAAGCAGGUUUAGUGUAAACCUCUUGUCUGCAUAUUCUGAAAUGAGGGAAAAUGAGUUUUCUGUUUCAGAGGGAGGUAUCUCAAACUGA